CGCUGCAGGGAGCCACGCAGCAGCUCCCAGGCCCGCAGCCACGCUGGCCAUGGGCAGGGGCGUGCGGCCGGUCGCCUUGCUCGCCUUCGCCUGCGCAUUUUCCUCCUGCUUUGCUGAAGUGGCCCAGGGAGCCGAACUGUCUCCAGCAACCACGUUCAUCCCCCAUAUGGCUCCUUCUGCUCAGCCACUUUCUCUUUCUUCACCCCCUCGAGGCACCCCAGUUCAUUUUAACAGCCCCAUAAGCCGCAGACCAUCUGGGCAGGGAACAGGCGAGCCUCGGGUAACAGCAGCACCGGGCCAUGGCACGGCAGGAAAGGCAAGAGCAGCCCACGCGGCUGCUGCCAUCACUGCUACCGCCAGCACCACGCCAACCGUGCAGCCCACCGCAGCGCCGGGAAAUCAAACAACAGCACUCACAACUCCAACAGCCACGACCAGCACAACAACCGUCCGUCCAGGGACCCAAACAAGCAGCCCAUCUACUACGGUGACGGAGAGACCCACUCUUGCGCCGCGGCCUUCUCCCAUCCCCACGGGCGCAUACGCCGUUUCCGAUGGGAACAGGACCUGCAUCAAGGCGGUCAUGGGUUUGCAACUGAUGGCUCAAAAUGCACAGGGGCGCAUGGAGUACAUGGCUGUCGACCCCAGCGCGACGCGGACAUCCGGCCGCUGUGGGACGGUGCGGUCGGAGCUGAACAUAACCUUCAGCGGCGGGUUCCUAAGCUUCACCUUUGUCAAGGAAGCUCCAACGUACUAUGUCAGUAAAAUUGAGAGCAGUUUACAGUUAUCUUCUGAAGGUACGCUUUACCAUGCAGCCGUACACGAGAAGCUGUUUACAACAAAGCUGGGGGAUUCCUAUAAGUGUGCCAGCGAGCAAACCUUUUGCUCAGAGAAGAACUUCCAGCUACUCUUUGUUCAUAUGCAGCUGCAGGCAUUCGAUAUUGUUGGUGACCAGUUUGGGAAAGAAGAGGAAUGUUUUCCUGAUAAAAACAGCAGAGCAGUUCCCAUCGUGGUGGGCCUGAGUAUCCUGGGAUUGUUUGUCAUUGCAUUUGCUACGUUCCUGAUUUCCAGGAGAAAGCCGCAUAGAGGAUAUGAACGUAUCUGAGGUGCCCUUGGACUUCCAAAUGUGUGUAGCAAGUAGAGAAGUCACAGGAUUUUUAACUUCUACCUGGCAGCCUCAUGGCCCUGACGCGGUAUUUUCGAGUGGGGUGACACCAUGUGUUUAAAGCCAAUGAGUAUUUCUGGAAGUGAUUUCCUUAAGGUGGAAAGGAAAGAACUCACGCCAUCUCCUUUAGGCUAUUCUUAGCAUCUAAUUUAGAUGUAGUCCAGAGGACCGAAGUGAGGAGCCCAAAUUCUUUAUGUUAUCAACAAAGGAGGCAAUUCAGACCACCUAAGUCAGACGCCUAAAAAUAGCUUAAAGUGGGCAGUACCACUAUUCCCCAGAAAAUCCAUCAGGUUUCCUAAAGAUGGCAGUUUUGCCUGGAAAAGGACUGUGGAAUGGCACCCAUUAAACGAAAGAGAGCCUAAAGUCAUCUGCAAAAAUUCCUUGUUGUUAGUUUAAUCUGGUUGUAAACAAAAUAGAAAUGCUGGGCGAUAAUUUAAUUUCCACUAAGAAUGGCCCAAAACCUGAGCAAUUAUUAAUGGUGAUGGAACCUCACUGGAUUUUUGAUGGGUAAAACAAGAUAGUAUCUUGUGAGUUUAAUUUCCCUUAAGUAUUUUUAAAAUAGUUUUGAUAUUUUUCUAGUAUUUAACCAUUGAAAGUUUACUUAUUUAAAUCACAAAAGAAAAGAAAUCCUUCCAUUCCGUGAAUUACUAGAAGAUGCUGGUCUGCGUCAAGCAGAAACAUGGCCAUACUGUUCCACAAUCGGCAUAACGCGUAGCUGUGGAAGUAACUGAGUCUGAAUGAACCAAUAACUGAGAAAGGGAAAGACAAUUUUGAAGCACUUUUGUGCUCAGAGCAACAUGAGAGGGAAGUUGGUUGGACUUGAUGAUCUUAAAGGUCUUUUCCAACCUAAAUGAUUCUAUGAUAAGUCGGAACCACCUGCGAGCAAGGGAGGCAGCUGAGUAAGAUCAGAUGGUGAAAUAGCGCAGAAAAGAGCGCACCAAACCUUCAAACCUUUAAUACAGGUGCAGUGAUUUGCACUGCAUCCAGCUGAGUACCCAAACUGACAUUUGGGUGUUCCGAUUGUUAUUUUGUGAAAGGCUCCAGCACUGUUAAUAUCACAUAGCAAACUUUAUCUAGCUUACUUUCGCCCGUUCUCCUCCCCCCCGGCUGGUGGACAAGCAGCCCACUCAACCCAGUGGCAUCGUUCGGGCCCUGGGAUUAAUAAAACCCCUCUAGUUCUCGGAGUUAGUUAAUACAAUUAAUCUGUUCUUCAGAAAGCAGAUUUUUAAACUUGAUUAAAGCAAUCACAUCUUUUUAAAACAAGAGAAUUGAUGAGGUGUCCAGCAGGAAAGGUAAACGUAUGGAGGUGCAUCCAUUCGAAAAUGAGCCUAAGUACGCGGUCGGGAUGUUACCGUGCCGAGCUGUCACACGUGGACAUUUUCACAACAAAUGCUGCCCAAAACGCCCAGCCCCACACAUGGUCCAGCCCUAGGCUGUGCUGACUGGCGAUCGACCGCCACCUUCCCCAUUGAAACCCAAGCCCCAUUUCACACGUUCGUUGGGCUGCCUGAUCUGUACGGUUUGUAGCUUCUCUUGAUACGGAUAUAGCAUUUUCUUGUUGUGUUCGGUAGUGAAAAAUCUCUUUAUGUUGAUAUUCAGUCUUUUAGCAUUUGAUAUCAACAUGAGGGGAGAAAACUGUUUGUAAUGGCUGAUAAUGCUGUGUUUAAUCUUGUGACACCCGCUGGCAUUUUUGCUGAUGAUGCAAAGUUGAUGUUUCCCCCCCACCCCUUUUUUCUUAGUAGUGAAUCAAACUGUCGGUAUUGAACGAUGUUUGGACUCAGGUGUACCCGAUUUGUUCUUAUGCCUUUUUUAUUGCUAUUACUUUUUCUGAAGCUGCAUACUGCCCUUCCUACAUGAACAAUACUCUGGGCUUGCGCUGAUGGGCAGAGGCGAGGCGCACGUGGUACAAACCAGUGAAGCAGCUGGAGGGUCCCAUGAAGCGCUGCCAACGUGCAGCAGGCUGAAUGCGAUGGAGUUAGUAGGUUACAGUAGUAGAGGAUCCACUGGAGAGUUCCUUACUGCAUCGGGAGAUCCCAGCCCCUAAUGUGCGACCUUUUCCCACCUGCAGCCCAGCCCGCAGGCCAUCACCUCCUUCCCUGCCCACAAAGCACACGGACGGCCCGCGGCAGGGAUGCGUGUUAGCAUGCCAGCGUAGCAGGGCGCGGGGCCUCUGCAUUUAAUGCUGAGUUAGAAUUAAGACAGCCCAGCUGCUCCCUGAGUUGCCACAUGCAGCUUUUGAAGCUGAUGCCUGUAUUUAUUUUCUGCCAGAAUUAAGGUAGCUAUUUGGCUGGCACUUCUUUAUCUAAUGCCGUUGCUUUGAGGUCCUCCUCCCAGGGGCAAGGCUCUGUAGGUGUAAUUGGUCUUGGCUGCCAGCCUUUCUUUUUUAAAUGUCUUGUCAGAGGAAACGU